AGGAUUUUGUUUCUUGUCGUAACGUCACGACUGUAGUCGACUGUUGUAAAAAUAUUUAUAAUUUCAUUUGUAAAAAUGAUCGUUAAUCAGUUAAUGUCCUUUUUUAUGGUAUCAUGACAGUUGUCACAAGUCACGAUUUUAAAGCUUAUCUUUGAAAGUAAAAAUUAAUUCAUGCAGAUCAUUCAUUUACUGUCCAAAAUUGUAUUGCACAGGUUUGCAAAUUGAUAUAUAAAUAUCGAUUGGUCUUUUUGUUUUGUAGUAGAAAAACUCUGAUUAAUGAACGGUGAAACAUCUUCCGUGUUGAUACGAAAUGAAUCAAGUGGCCAUUCAAUUCACUUGCAGCGCGUUGCUAAUUUUAUUAAGCACUGUUCACAUUGUCCCUGUAAGUACCGGAGGCGAUACUCAACCAUCCGUAAUACCUAUGUGUGAAUUUGCAAAUGACGGCUCCUUUAUAAUUGACCAGACCGCAAGCUGUGCUCUGUCAUGUGAAUCAGAUGUCUUUCAAAAAAUUAAUUUGAUAGUAACAAGUAUGCCAAUCAGUCCUUUUGUUUAUUGGGCGCAAAGUGAAGAUCAAGUAUCAUUAAAAGUUGAUCUGAAAGAUGCGACGAAUGUAAAUGUCAAGGCCGACUGUGCAAAGGUCAAUUUUUCAGCGACCGGUGUUGGAGCUCAAGGGUUCAAAGAAUAUAAAUUUACUUUAGAUCUAUUAAAUGAAAUCGAUAAUGAGAGAAUCAAAAUAUCACAAACUGGGAAUAAAAUUGACAUUUUUUUGCCUAAAAUUAAAUCAGGCUUCUGGUCACGGCUGAUUUGUCAGCCACAAAAACCUUCAUGGUUGAAAAUCGAUUUUGAUCGUUGGCAGUCAGAAGACCCAGAAGAUAAUGAAGAAGGUGAAUUGCAACGAGAUGUCAUGAAAGAUUAUCCAAAUAUGUACGAUCAAUUGCAAAAAGCAGAACUUGGCUUCAGAAGAGAACGAUUUAAGAAGGUUUACUUAGUGCUCUAUAAUCUGUUCCAAUUUGUUGGCUUCAUGUACAUACUCAUCGUUAUGGGCAUCAGAUAUUACCGUGAUGGCCCUGCAUCUAUGCCGGGAACUUAUGAAGCAGUUGGAAAUGCAUACAAAUUUGUACAACUGCUUCAAUAUUUAGAAGUUAUGCAUCCACUCUUUGGUUAUACAAAAGGUGGUGCUUUCUUCCCAUUCGUACAAAUUUCUGGUCGAGCAUUCAUCUUAUUUGCUAUGAUUGAGCAUGAACCACGAAUGAUGACGAAACCAGUUGUCUUUUAUUUGUUUAUCAUUUGGGGAGUCAUAGAAAUAGUGAGAUAUCCAUAUUAUUUGUCGCAGUUGUUGAAGUUUGAAAUGGGAUUACUUACAUGGCUUCGUUAUUCACUUUGGAUUCCUUUAUAUCCUUUGGGUGUGUUAUGUGAAGGAAUAAUCAUCCUCAGAAACAUCCCGUACUUUGAAGAGACAAAACGGCUUACAGUUGCCAUGCCCAACAAAUGGAACAUGUCUUUUCACAUGCCAACUUUUAUGUAUAUUUAUCUCAUAUUUUUAAUUCUGCCUGGAAUAUAUUUCGUCAUGACGCAUAUGCAAACAAUUCGAACGAAAAAACUUGGAGGCCAACGCUCAAAAUUAGAUUAGUUUAACUCUUCUUCGUGACGAAUAAUUUUUAUUAAUUUUUAAAGUGUUAUUAAAUUUAAUACAUCAGACAAUGGGAAAUAAAUUAGCUCAUGUUUCUUUCACACGUUUCGUAAUAUUUUUAUCUUCUUUUACAGUUUAU